AUCGAACGAGAAAUUUGCAAAUCAAAACCUGAACAAAAGCACCGUAUUGUCAAAUUAUUUUUGUAUCGAUAAGAAUUCAGAAAAAUGUAAUUAAUUAUUUUCGCUGAUUAUCAUUCCAAAUUAAUGUAGCUGCACAAUAAUGUUACGCACAACAAUCUCAAGAAUAAAGAAGGUGUGGACUAUCGCCUUCGUUCCACGCCUUCUACGAGGUGACCAACGAAUUCCGCCCGGCAAAUUUGACAUAAUAUCCUAUGCUGUGCAAAGGAAAUCUCCAAAAUCGACCAAAUCUGAAGAUGGAGAAAAAAGCGCUAAGAACACAGAACAGGAUGAAAGUGCCGACUACAUUUUUAAAUGCAAUGAAGAACCCGUAUUCGAAGAUACAAUUGUUGAUGAACACGCUGAUCCGGACGAUGCAAAGACCAAAAAAAUUAUGAACAAAAUAAUUUCAUCUAGAGCACUACCAAAAGAAUCACAAGUCGAGAAAUGCCAGAGAAUCAUAGAUAAGGCAUUUGGCAAGACCGAGCCCGUAGAAAACAUAUUGGCUGAAAAUUACUUCUCCCAUGGUGUCAACAUUGAAGAGACCAGGCGUAAGAUAAAUGAAGCAGAACAAGAAAAACUUAAACUAGCACAAGAAAAAAUAAUAAGUGAAAAUAGGGCGCAGUUUGGCGUUUUCAAAAUGUUUCUUGAACCCGUGACCGAUAAACAGGAACAACCUAUAGGAAUUGAUCAUUUGGAAGCCAAAGUUACAAAUGAGAAAGGUAAAAAUGCUGAAGAGGAAGGUUUGGAUCUCGUGAAAGAACCAUUCAAUGUUCAGUUGAUCGCUGGCAAAGAACCCGACUUAACAAAAAAAUUGGAUAGUCACCUGACACACGAAGAAACUCCUUUACCACUACGAGAAAACCCUGGUUAUGAAGAUAUAGAUAGGUAUAUUCAUGACCAGGAAAAGCUUGAAAACAAAACCUUUUGCGAUUUACAGGAAAUUGAUAAAACUCUAGUUCAGGAUAUAUCGAGACUUGUUAAAGACGAAGAACAGGAUGAUAUCCAAAAUGUGGUUUCACUUGGUCCGGGUGAUUCUAGUAAAAAAUAUAAAAUGAGUUCAAAACCGAGCUGUAAAGCAACUGAUACUGCCGAAACUGAUAAUAGAAAUUUUGGUGUUACUUCUGAAAACCAAAAGAUCAAUAAUAUUUUAAAUGACUUCCUAACUAGUGCACAACGUGAUACCACUCUGCAAGCCACUACUGCAUCAGAGGCUGAAGAACAGUUAGCCCAGAAAGUGGAACACAUAGAUGAGACUCCGUUAGUUGAAGCUCACAAACCCAAAAUAGAAGGAUUUAAUGUAACUCCGAGGGUUUUGGGAGACGCUGAUUCUAAAUUCAGUUGCUCUAGUCAAAAUCAAUCUGACCGCAUUGAUCCUAACAAAUCUACGAAUAUGGACAUCCAGGCUGACUUUGACGAAGUAGCCAAACGUUGUCUAGAUAUUCCCAUAGGGAAAAUAGACGAAAUACUUCUUAAUGAAAUGGAGAAAAUCGGCAUUCCUGUUUCUGCAAACAAAGAUCGUUCACCGAUGAUCGAAAACGACCUUGUCCAAAUGGAGGACGCACGUAGGCCAAAAGGCGCUAAUGAUCAACAGGAUUUAAUCGUCAGCGAUGAACUCCGAAGCGCCAUCGAAUUUUCUUCAGCCGACAAAUUAUUACACCCAUCAGAAAUAAUGAACACUAAUAAAGUAUUGCCGGAACAGGUUGAAGACCUUGAAAAAUAUGUUUUGGAAUCUGUUCCAGAAGAUCUCCGUGAGGAAGAUAGAUGUACCGUGCAUCCAAAUCAAUUCUUUAUAUAUCCGUAUCAUAAACAGGCAGUACGUUGUCACACUCAACAGCAAGUUCCCCGGGAGAACACCGAGAAUAGCAAGAUGAAGUCUGCGUACUAUUUCAUGCCUACCGCUUUACGUGUUGAAAACCAAGAAAAAAUGGAAGCAGCUUAUAGGUCAUUAGCUAAGUCAAAGAUGGAACAGUUUACAUCGACCUUAAAACUAUGUCCAACAACAGAACGUAAAACUGAAUCUGAACAAUUGACAUCGAAUACGACUGAACUGAUGUCAGACUCCCAUAACUUAUCGAGCUAUUCAGGCGAAUCAGGUUCAGCAAGUAAAUUACCACAAGAAAAUACUCCAUUAGACUCGCUAGUAACGUUAGGAGAUCCCAAUUUAUCAACGUAUCAAAAAAUUAAAGAAAUCGAACAGUUGAAAGCUGAUUUAGCCGCCGCAGAAUCAAAACUUAAAGAACCGCUUACCGGGAUAAGUGCUGACGGAACAGAUUCAAGACAAUGGCCAACACUGAAUGCAGCAAAUAUAACGAACGACGGACGAAAGUCUCACAACAAAGGAAGUCACAAACCCAUAUAUUACGGUACAACUCUUGCACCAAAAAGGCCGUGGAGCGAAGAAUAUUAUCUACGAAAAACCGAUCAAAGGUACCCUCAACGAAUUUAUACUAAAGGAUUCGAUAGGAUAUCCAAAUAUUACCAACCGAUAGUAAAAGAAUUUAAUCACAAACUAUCAAAACUAGAAGACAAAUUUGCACAAAAGCCAAACGUGCGAAAGUCUUACACAAGUAAGAAUGAAAAACUAUCUAACUAUUUCACAGUAAGUGCGUCAAACAAAACACGGAACGACCAAAGCAAUCGACCAGAAUAUAAAUAUGGAAAUAGAGAGCAUCCAGCCACGCGUAAUAUGAGUGCAGGCUACAUGUGGGAUUACCAACGAAUUUCCCCUGAUCAAAGAACGAAACGAAUGCAGGAUAGUUACGACAGAGGAACUGAUAAGGCCUCCAACAAAGUUAUAACCCAGGCGAGCACGAAGGGAGAGCGGGCAGAUAUGAAACCGACAAACUCAGGCUAUGAAAACAUAAUUCCCCAUCGACAAAUACAGUCAAGUAAAUACAGAAAAACAUUAAUACAAAAUACCGUUAGCAAAAUGAAUACACGUAACAAUUUUAAUAUAAAUGUAUCAGAUGGCAUAUGGGACGAAGACGUUGAACCAGCUAAAAUAACUACGAAAGGAAAAAAGGAAACUAAUAAAUUUUCUUUACCUGUUGAAAUGUUGAACGAACCGCCAGAGCCAUGCUAUGUUUUGACGUACAACGAAACCUGUCCUGUAUCGCCGAAGCCUGCAGUGGGUAACCGCGAGUGCAGCCAUGUUGUGGACACCACAGAAACCAAUUUAAGAAAGGAUAUCAGAAACACUGAUAUGUACCAGCCGGGUACCAGUCUCAUAAAGACAAUUGAUAGUAAAACACAACAAGCCUUAGAUUCAUACAUGAACAGAAAGCCCAGAUCUAAUUACGCAAACGUACCGGACCAAGCCGGAAACCUAACGGGAAGCGUCAGUCUGCCUAAUCUUAGUGAGAAUGUUACAUUGUCAGAGCUCUUGAAAAGAGUGAGAGAAAGGAGUCGAAUGUUUGAAUGCAGGAAUGACCUCAAAUCACUAGACGUUCAUAUCGAACCUGCCCAAGGAAAAUAUGACAGGAAAUCACCUUAUUGUCCUCCUGUGGCAGCACCCAGGACACCGCCAAAAAAUCCUAUACCUCCACCGACCUUCGGUUUGCCUGCCCUGAAGCGGAUGCCAAACGCCUGCAAACCGAGGAAGCCCCGUACGAGAAAAUGUUCCACCUGUGACAUAAGCAUGUCAGGUUUACACUUGGGGCCAAAAAUCAAUGCUCACACGAUAGAAGUCGGACCAGAAAUGGUUUGUGAAAUGAAUGACGCUGAUGUUGGGGUCUGUAUGAGAUCCAAGGCAGAUUUAACUGAGGAGGUUAUAGAUCGUCUCCAAAGUUUAGGUAGGAUGUUAGGAAAUGUGAUCCAUAAGGGGAAGACACAAUUAAUAGACGUCAGAUGUCUACUCAGGAACCAACGAGAUAAGACUGUGUUAGCUAGAAACUACGAACCUUGGUCGCCGAUACCCUCAUGGACAGAAGCGAAGAAGCCAGCGAAACAGUCUUCGCGAUGCGAUCCAGGCUGCAAGAUCUUCCCUCCGCCGCGGGUGUGCGAAAGACCUGACCCUAAGUGUGAACAAAAGCCUUGUUCCUUUCCUAAGAAAUCGUUUUCAAUGUUAGACUGUUUCGCUGUUUCGUUGGGAGACCACAAAGUGUAUGAUCUCGGAGAGUUCUAAUCCACUUUUUGUCCUGCUUGUUUAUUUUGGUAAACAGCGAAAAUAAAUUGACUGGUAAA